AUGGCUCAACAACACUUUUACGAGGCUGGCACAUGUGCGCAGGGCAGAUAUUACUGCGAUGGUCUGCUCGGGAGUGAGUCGCAAGUUGACUUACCAUGGAAAACCGACACGUACAUCAGCAAUAUAGGUGGGGAGAAACUGCGCGAACGCCCAGAAGUGUUGGCCGCCGCGGCAUGGUCAAUCGCCGGGAGUAAGUGGUUUUACAAAGAAGAAUUGGAGUUCCAAUUGGUCUCGGAAAAUACGCAAUCAGAACUGCUGUUACGGACGUGCGUCGCACCAGAUCUAGACGUGAGCAGUCUGCUGGAUCAAAUCCGGAAACAAACAGAUAUCGAUAAGCAGAGAGCUUUUUCAAAGCCGGAGUUUUCCAGAUUUUCGAUUGUUUAUCAGAUGGACUCCACCGAGCCUAAAGGCGACGGAACCAUGGUGGUGCGGUUCAACGUACAAGACUUCUUCUUGCAGAUGCAGAUCCAGUUUUCAAAGAAGAGAUUUCAUCCAAAGGAGGCUGAGAACUUGGCUCAUACCCUACAGGUUAUCCUCCAACAGUUAACCAACAUCUCUAUCGAAUCUACACUGUUAACGGAACUGAACCUAAUAAGUCAGCAAAAUCUCAGAGAAUUGUGGGAGAGAAAUUCGACCGUUCCCCCAGCAGCUGAGAAUCUCGUGCAUAGUAUGGUCCACCAAAACGCCCAGGACCGACCAGAUUCCCCUGCGGUAUGCGCAUGGGAUGGAUCCCUCACAUAUAAAGAGCUGGAUGACCUGUCAACACGCCUGGCGCUUGGUCUAGCCCGAAAAGGGGUGGGUAGAGGCGUGGUUGUGCCCUUGUAUUUCGAAAAGUCGUUAUGGAUGCCAGUUGCAAUUUUGGCGGUCAUCAAGGCUGGCGGAGUCUUUCUUCAACUGGCAAAUUCGAUACCCAAGGGAAGAAUUGAGGCUAUAUUGAAUACUGGGAACUCACCAUUUGCGUUGGUUGGAAAAAAUACGCCGGCUUGGAUGGGAGACAUUAUGCCCAUGCACACAGUUGAGGAAGUGAUGGAAUUGGCGGAGAUCAUUGACUCGCCCUUACCAGAGUGUUCAGGAAACCAGGACGCUGUUCAACUAUUUACAUCCGGAAGUACUGGCACACCUAAAGGCAUUGUUUGGACACAUACUGCGCUGGCCACGAACUGUGAGGAGAUAAUGAGGAAACAGUCAUUUGGGCCCGGUACUCGGCAGUUCCAGACGGCAUCGUACGAAUUUGAUGUCAGUAUGAUGGAAUCUAUUGCUAUUUUAAUUUCUGGCGGAUGUCUUUGUAUCCCGCAAGAGAACGACGGCGUGCAUUGUUCCCCUCGGGCCCUUGAGGCACUACAGGCCAACUCGGUCUAUCUCACUCCUACGUUGGCUCGAAAACUCGAUCCCGACAGUGUCCCCAGCCUGAAAUACCUGGCGCUUGAGGGAGAGGUCUUGCCCAAGGAUAUUGUGUCUAAAUGGGAUGGGAGAUUGACCAUGUAUAACUUCUAUGGUCCGGCGGAAUGCCCCCAUGUGUCCGCAUGCACAAUCGACCCGGAUACCUUCGAAACCGGGUUUGCGGGGGCCACUUCCGUCUGCCUUCGGUGGAUAGUGGAUCCGCACAAUCACAACAGCCUUCUACCCGACGGGGCUAUUGGGGAGUUACUCGUGGAGGGCCCAAUUCUCAUGGAUCGCUAUAUUGGUGGCGGCCCCGAUGUAGCAACUUUUGUGACUCCAACGUGGCUGCUCAAGGGCUGUGGCGAUUUUGCAGGACGCCAGGGACGAUUAUUCAAGACAGGCGACCUGGUCCGGUGUAAGCCGGAUGGCGGCCUGGUCAUCCUAGGCCGCAAGGACACGCAGGUCCAGAUCGGCGGUGAACGAGUGGAAUUGGCUGAGGUCGAAUACCAUGUGCGCAAAUUCCUGCAAGGCAGGGCUGGCGUUGCGGCCGAGAUGAUCACUCCAAUUGCCAGUCUGAAACCAAUACUGGCGGCUUUUAUUGCCAUCGGUGACGAGGUUAACCUCCCCUUAGGCGCCAGUCUUCAAGCUCUCACUGUCGGCAUAAAUGAGAAACUCGCGCAAUAUGUCCCGCGUACAUUCAUCCCUGAGGUGUAUAUACCAGUGGAUACAAUUCCAUUGACAGCAGCAGGCAAGACAGACAGAAAAGCACUACGCAAAAUGGGCGGUUCUAUGACUUUGGAUGAGAUAUCCCGGUUGCAGGAAUCCAGGUUAAAGAACUAG